GACUAGAUGACCUGCAAGGUCCCUUCCAACAUUAUAUCAUCAUCAUCAUCAUCAUCAUCAUCAUCAUUACUAUCAUCAUCAUCAUCAUCAUCUGUUCUUUAUGGUCUGUUCCCAGUAUGGGAAAACAACUUUUGCCUGUAAUACUGAUGAAAUCUAAGAUAAAGAAUAAACUAAUUUAAUCAGUCUUAUUACUUUAGUACAAGGAAGAAUAUACAACAGGGGUGUCAAACUGCCGGAUCACGGACUGGAUGCGUCAUGGUGAAACUGCGCUCAUCCCAUUGCUGGCAAUGGAAAAAAAGUUGUGAUAUAUCAUGACACAUCAUGUGAAGUUGCAGGUUUGACAUCCCUGAUAUGCAGUGUAGGGGAGAUUAAUUUUGGAACAAGUUACAUCUGUACAUGAAAAAUGGAUAGAAAAUCCUUAUGUCCAACUAAAGUUAUAGUGAAAUCUAUCAACUUUUAGUAGUGCCAUACAAGAUAUUCUAGUACUAGGAACAACUACUGCUUUAUUUAUUCUAUAGUGCUUCCUAAAGCGGGUUAUUCCUCUUAUCUUCAGUAUUUAAUAUACAGACUUUAUACAGGUAUUUUUUGGGUUAUGAUCAAAAUUACAAUGGUUCUAAAUGAAGGGGACUUAAGAUGAGUCCUAGGAGUUGGGGCUGUUGCAGGGACCCUGUGAUUAUAUGAUUGCAUUCUGAGCACUUGGUGCCCAGCUCACAAUUACAUUGCAGCAAACUGCAGUCAUGUAAUUGUGAUUUCUGCUGGCUUCCUAUAACGAAAGUCAAUGAGAAAAUUGGCAGAAGUUAGAAGACAUGAUUAUAUCAGGUCCUUGCUUAAUGACCCGAGGAUUACGGUACCUGUAAAUGCUGAAAGCUGCAAAACUAAGUUUUUCUCUUGAUUUUAUCAGCGAAAGGAAAGGGAAAGAAGGGAAAGCCAGUUAAGGUUCAGGAGGCUGUGGGCAUACUAUUCUUUGGCAUUCUCAAUGUUAUCUUCAGGCUAGACAGAGAUAAGGGUGGGGAAUAGCAAAUGUGGGCAAUAUCACUGUCUAUAUAGCAGCAAAAGAUUAUGAUGUCAAGCAGCAUUCUAGCUGCCUGGAUACCUUAAGUCAGGUGCUUUCAUGCUGCUUUCAUCUACAUAUGAUCCUGGAAGCCCAGAUUUAUAAUAGUAAAAACAUGUAUUCAGAAAAAGAAUUCCUGCUGUAUUAGAACAUAGCUAUGUGUUCUAUGAACAUAGCUAUGUGUUCUACUGCUGUGGAUGCUCUUACAUAAAUUUGUUCUUUGUGGCAAUAUAGAAGUUUAAACUACAUGCUGUGGAUUAAAAUACAACUUUUUUUGUGAUGCUGCUCAACUUCCUUGGCCAGAUUCUAUAUGAGGGAGAAAAAAACCUUGAAUUGUGUAAACAUAAUUCUCAACGUUCAUGCAAUGCCAUCUUCUUUUGGUCUACUCAGAAUUUAAGAGGUAUGGAAUUCAAAAAUAUAUUGUCUCCAGUGUUAUAGGAAUACUAAUUUGGUAGACAACAUGACACAUUAUUCUAAAUAUUGGUUUACAAGCCCAUGCGUGGGCGGAGUGAGGAAAUACAUCAAGAUUAGGGCUACGAAUACCAUUUCUCUUAAUGACUAUACAACCAUUUCCCCAGCAUCGUAAUCAACGGCUAUUUACUUAUACAAGUCAUCUUUUCCAAAAAAAAUAAUAAUAAAUCCUUUCAGUCUCUUUUCCGUAAGGGUUACUUCCGGCCCUUUUGCAGAUGUUCUGCAGAAGUCCCGAAGUCGCCCACGGCUUCAUCUUUCCAACUGAUUCAUGAAUCACAGUCAGAGGAGGAGGAGAGCGCAGAGCCGGAAGUCCUUCCCCGCGCUCCCAUUGGUCCUUUACUUUAUCAAUCAGGCACUGGAGGACCAACAUACGCACAAUGCUGCCCUGCACAUUUUCUUUUAAGUAGGGAGGGCUAAGAAAAGGAGUUCGGUGCCUUUGCUGCCCUUUCCUUUCGCGAAGUCUCCUUCCUUGUGUUCUGUGGAUAUCCCACAUGGCCAAUUCCCUCAAUGGCCGGAACCCAGGUGGCCGAGGAGGAAACCCCCGCAAAGGGCGUAUUCUGGGAUUCAUUGAUGCUAUUCAGGAUGCAGUUGGCCCCCCCAAACAGGCAGCUGCUGAUCGCAGGACUGUGGAAAAAACUUGGAAAUUAAUGGAUAAAGUGGUCAGACUAUGUCAGAAUCCCAAACUUCAAUUGAAAAAUAGCCCACCUUACAUACUUGACAUUUUGCCGGAUACGUACCAACAUUUGCGACUUAUUUUGAGCAAGUAUGAUGACAACCAGAAACUUGCACAGCUCAGUGAAAAUGAAUAUUUUAAAAUCUAUAUUGAUAGUCUCAUGAAAAAGUCAAAACGAGCUAUAAGACUUUUUAAGGAGGGAAAAGAAAGAAUGUACGAGGAACAGUCACAAGACAGGCGAAAUCUUACAAAAUUAUCCCUCAUCUUCAGUCAUAUGCUUGCAGAAAUAAAAGCAAUUUUCCCUAACGCUCAGUUCCAGGGUGAUAAUUUUCGUAUCACAAAAGCAGAUGCUGCAGAAUUCUGGAAGAAGUUCUUUGGAGAAAAGACCAUAGUGCCUUGGAAAGUAUUCCGACAAUGUCUUCAUGAGGUGCAUCAGAUUAGUUCUGGUCUGGAAGCGAUGGCUUUGAAGUCUACUAUUGAUCUAACAUGCAAUGACUAUAUUUCAGUUUUUGAAUUUGAUAUCUUCACAAGAUUAUUUCAGCCCUGGGGUUCCAUAUUAAGAAACUGGAACUUCUUAGCUGUGACUCAUCCUGGAUAUAUGGCAUUUCUGACUUAUGAUGAAGUUAAAGCACGGUUGCAGAAAUAUAACACCAAACCAGGAAGCUACAUUUUCAGAUUAAGUUGCACUCGACUUGGGCAGUGGGCUAUUGGUUAUGUCACUGGUGAUGGAAAUAUUUUACAGACCAUACCCCACAAUAAGCCUUUAUUUCAAGCUCUAAUUGAUGGCAGCCGGGAAGGAUUCUAUCUUUAUCCAGAUGGACGAAGUUAUAAUCCUGAUCUGACAGGACUAUGUGAACCUAUUCCACAUGAUCAUAUAAAAGUUACACAGGAACAAUAUGAAUUAUAUUGUGAAAUGGGUUCCACAUUCCAGCUUUGUAAAAUUUGUGCUGAAAAUGACAAAGAUGUGAAGAUUGAACCUUGUGGACAUUUGAUGUGUACGUCUUGCCUGACUGCCUGGCAGGAAUCUGAUGGUCAAGGAUGUCCUUUUUGCCGUUGUGAAAUCAAAGGAACUGAACCCAUAAUUGUAGAUCCCUUUGAUCCCAGAGAUGAAAAUACAAGAUGCUGCAGUAUUUUAGAUAGCUUUGGUAUUCCUAUGCUUGAUUUAGAUGAUGAUGAUGACAGAGAAGAGUCUUUGAUGAUGAAUCGAUUAGCUUCUGUGCGAAAGUGUAAUGAAAGACAGAAUUCCCCAGUGACAUCUCCAGGAUCAUCUCCUCUUGCUCAAAGAAGGAAACCAUUUCCUGAUCCCGUACAAGGAUCCCAUCUUACCCUUCCACCAGUCCCUCCUCGAUUGGACCUAAUACAGAAAGGAGUUUCCCGAUCCCCUUGUGCCAGCCCGACAAACUCACCAAAGUCUUCUCCAGGCAUGAUGAGGAAACAAGACAAGCCUCUUCCAGCACCACCACCACCAAUACGAGAUCCACCUCCACCUCCACCAGAAAGGCCUCCACCCAUUCCUCCAGAAAAUAGGUUAAGUAGACAUUUGCAGCAUCCUGAAAGUGUAUCUGCCAGAGAACAACCAAUGCCACUUGAAGCCUGGUGCCCCAGAGAAGUGUGUGGGAAUAAUCAAAUUGUGGGAUGUCGUAUAGUAGGAAAUGAUAAUUGUCCCAAACCUGGACUUACUGCAAGCUCAAAUAUGAAUGGAAGACAUUGUCGCAUGGGUUCUGAUCCAUUAUUUCUGCGAAAGCACAGAUUCUCUGAAUUACCUUUAGAAAAUACCAAGAUAUUUUCAAAUGGACAUUUAGGUAAUGAAGAAUAUGAUAUUCCACCUCGCAUUUCACCUCCCCCACCCUUUGUUUCAGCCAUGGCAAAUAUGAAGUCUUCUGUUGCUGUUAUAAAUUCCUUUUCUGAAAAAUCAAGAGAACAUGUAGAAGAUGAGUACAAGAUUCCGUCAUCCCAUCCUGUUUCUUUGCCUUCACAAUCACUUCAUUGUCAUAAUAUGAAGUCUCAUACUCGUGUAUUUGAGAAUGGUCAGUGCUCUGGAAUAAGUAAUGAAAUGCAAAAUACUUCAUCUGAGAUGAAAAAAUUGAAACAACCUGAUAUAGGAGAAGCCUUUGAGUCUACUAUCCCAAUACCUUUGCCACCUGUGCGACCUUCAUUGAGGGAAAAUUUGAAACAUGCAUCUCAACUCAAUAGAACGUCCUCUGAUUAUGACUUGCUUGUGCAUCCUCCAGGUGAAAAUUUGUCUGACAAUCCACCACCUUCCCUUCCUCCACCUCCACCACCUCCUGCACGCCAUAGCUUCAUUGAGCAAACAAGACCACUUGUUGCAGGAAAUAGACCCCUGUCUGGACAUGAACUAUACCACCCAUCCACCGAUCUUUUUUUUGAUCCUACAAAUGACUCAGUUCCUUUACCACCUGUUAGAAGAUUAACUGGUGAAAAUAUAAAGGCCCACAGAACAUCCCAGGAUUAUGACCAACUGCCAUCUUCUUCAGAUUGUUCACAAGCACCAGCCAGGCCUCCAAAACCACUUCCUCGUAGGACUGCUCCAGAAAUACACCAUAGGAAGGCACAUAAUACACCUAUAGAAAAUGUUGAUGCAAAGAUUGCAAAACUUAUGGGAGAAGGUUAUUCUUUUGAAGAAGUGAAGAGGGCUCUUGAAAUAGCCCAGAAUAAUCUUGAUGUAGCACGGAGCAUUCUAAGAGAAUUUGCUUGCUUUCCUCCAUCAGUUUCCCCACGACUCAAUCUAUAGUAUGAAAAACCUUGCAGCAAGCCUAAUUCUCCAUAUGUGUGUGUGUGUGUAAACAUGAGAAAUAUUGUACAUUUGUGAGAUGGGAUUCAAGAGAUUUUUUUUUUCCUGGAUGUAUCUUCAAAGACUAAGUUGGAACAAUUUUUCAGAAUAAGAUCAACUGCUCACUUCAAAAUAUAAGUGAAUUAAAUCUGUAUUUUUGCUAGCCAUAUUUUUGAAUCAGGGUUGAACUGACAAAUAAUUUAAAGAAGUUUACUUCCCAUGAACUUUUAAUCUGUGAAAUGCAUUUUUCCAUGUUUACAAGAUGGUAAAUGACAAUUUUAAAGCUGACAAUUCUCCUGUGUUCUUGUUCAUAUUUUCUACUGUGAGGCAUUUCCAGCUGUCUUUAUACUGAUUUGACCCAUUUAGUUACUUUUUAUACAUAUAUAAGUGCACUCCCCAUUUUUAUUUUUCAAGGAGCUUUAAAAGCUUUUUGCAUUUCUGCUCAAAUAAAAUGCAAGAAAAAUGAGGCCUUCACUACUGAUUUUAUUUUUCUGGUAGACCAUUGCUAUUUACACAAAGCAAAAUAUAAUGUGUAGUAUGUUACUUUGUUACUGGUCUAUUUUAAAAAGGAUUUUGACCAGCAACACUGCGUAGCUUUUCUUUGACAUGUGGUUGUUAAGUUUCAAGAUCAGUAUGGUUAACUUAGAAAAAUUAAAAUAUACAAAAUUGCAUGAUAAUGACCUGGAAACGUAAAUCUUUUUUUAUAUAGCUAUUCAAAAUCCAAAAGGUAUGGAAUUGAAAUUAGACUUUUGUUUCUUGACAAGCUUAAUGAAAGGCUGUGCGUGCCUUAAUAUUGGCAGAUAUAUUAAAUCUAUCAGAAUGAAUUUUAUUAUCAGUGGCCAGGUAAAUUAUUAUUUUUGUCUUAUGGGAAGAAGUAUUUGGUUAAUUUCCCGUGUAGAUAAUUAUUUCAUUACAGCAUUGCAGGAACAGGAUCAUUUUAAGAACACUUUAAAUUUUCUAUUACUUCUAUAUCAACCAAUUUUACAAGGAUUUUAAUUAAUUUACAUUUUAUCUUAAAUGUUUAUUCAGUCCCCAGAUCAACUUAUUGUGUUGUGUCUGUAUUCCUGAACAUAAUUUUCCUGCUUUAAGUUGCUAGUAAUUUUUUGAAGCACAAGCCAAAUCAAGUUUUUCAGUGAAUUGCUAUAAUUAAACCUAGAAUAAUCACAAAACUGAUUUCAUUUUCCCCUAGAUCAGUAUUUUUCAACCUUAGCAAUUUUAAUAUGUGUGGACUUUAGCAUGUUGGGUGGAGAUUUCUAGGAGUUGAAGUCCACACACCUUAAAAGUUAGAUUUUCCAAUUUCUAUUUUUAAAAACUUAACAGAAAUUGUUGAUUUGAAUACAAACUUAAUCUUGAAAUGGCUAUUUUCCCUAUCUUCUCUUAAAUCUACGAAAUACGUUCUUUCUGGAGAACAUUGGCAUUUAUAUUAUAUUUUGGGCAUGGUUCACCAUCACUGACCUGUUCAAGUUAAUAUGUUACAUAGUAUAAGAGUAGAGACAUACAAAUGUGUAGGUUAACCUUCCGGUUUUCUCUCAUCCCAUGUAAUUGAGGGAGAAAGAUACAACAUCUAGAAUAUUAUAUGGUUUGGUAGUUUUUCAGUAUCUGAUGAAGCCUUUGACAGGUCAAAGCGGUAGUAAACAUUCCACAAAGAUUGGACUUGGUUUAGUGAAAUUUGCAAGUAAUAUAAGAAGCCAAGUAUGCCUGUAUUCUGUAAUGCCAGUGUUACAUCUUUUAUCCUUGGUCAUUUGGAAAAUUAUAAAUGUGUAAUAGCAAAUGAUCUUUACAAGACUUCUGUAUACAAACAUAUUUAAGCAGUCAUAUUGCGCUAUAUGACUGCUUCCUAAAUGAAUCAGUUUUGGAGUCUAUCCAUAAGCUACUUGCUAGGUUGGAAGUAUGACUAUAUUUCUACAAGGAGAGUCAUUCAAAAACUUAAAUAAUUUUAUCAUACUUUAACUUUUAUUUUACAUUCUUUAGCUGGAUUCAAAGGGUUGAUCAGGUUGAGGUGAUUAGGCUGCUGGCUUUGAAUGAGUUUCUGUACAAGAUCUAAAUUGAUUUAAAUAAAAUGAUUACUUGCCACAUAUUUAAUAUUUUUUCUGAUUUAUUUUUUAAAAAUUACAAUUAAAUGGUAGUUCAGGAAUGCCUUUGGGCUCACAUAUGCUUGAGAACAGGUAGGGCAAUUUAUGCCUCCUUGCCUUACAGCUAAACAAUUCUAAAUAGUUUAAACAGAUAGUGAUGCUUACCAGUAGUGCCGAUGAUUUCCUACAUUAUAGAGCACAAAUACACACUCAGCAUCUCAAGAGCAAGCCUCUGUUUUAACAUUCUUUCCAGUACUCUAAUGCAAGUUUCUUUCUAUCCCAAGCACAUACCUAACGACUUUUUAUAAUGUGAAUUUAUUUUGGACCAGAAACAUUGUUCUGUUUCUCCUGUUUCCAGCUUGAAGCUUUACUUUGCACUGACCUGGUAAAUGUUUUAAUUUGUGUCUUAAAGCUUGAUACAUUUGGAAGCAGACAAGUGAGUUCUAAAUCAGGCACAGCCUUUUGACCUGGAACGUAAUGCUUCUCAGACUGACUUAUUGAAAGGACUUCAAUAGUUUUUAUUUUGAAGAUUUUUCUUCUAAAUAACUAUUUUAUCUGAAAGAAAAAUACUUUUUAUAAACUUGUUUAAUGUGGUAAAAUAGUGAUGUGAUCAAUUUAUAUUUUGUUCAUCUUUUUUUUUCAAUUCUGAAUAUUAUGUAACCUGAAGUUACUAUAUUGUUCUUGUAAGGUAUUUUAUAAAAAUUAAUGUUAACAAAAUGACUUCUCU